AUGGAAACCCUAACCGAUAGAGGACCCUCUGAUCCGACGGCAGCCGCGCCCCGCUGGGUGCUACUGAACCGCACCAUCCUCAAGGACAGCCGCUCCUCCGCCGCCGAUGCCAAGACCACGGCGGCCUCCUGCACUUCCUCUGGCCUACCCUUCUGCGUCUCCUUUAGCAUCGCGGCACCGCCGGAACGCUCCAGCUUCCUCUACGACUUGCUAGCCGGCAUAGGCAGCACACCGUCCAGCGACAACGACAAGGACACCAUGGAUCUCCAACUCCAGAUCGUCGCGGCCCACGAUGACUCCGUCCUCAUCGAGUCGAGGUUUGACCGAGACAAAGACGCCCGCCAGGUUCCUACUCGCAGUGCCGAGGCCCGCAACCUGUCCUUAUUCAACGACACCUGCAUACUCCGCCUCGGCGAUGGCGAGGUCCUGGUGGCCCAGCUCGAGGUGGGGUACGAUGCGCUGUACUGCACGGCCGAGCUCUGCGUGCUCCGCCCCGGCCACGACUGGGUGCUCAAGCGGCUGCCCAUCGUGCACCACGAGGGAGAAGGCGAGCUGCGGCACCCGACGCGGCUUCAUCCUCUGCGACAUGUCGGAAGAGAACCCCAAACUCCGAUAUGUAUACCGCUGCCUGUGCCGCCCCCCAGAACGCGCUACCACAGCAGCGAUCGGCCGGACAUGCUGUAUUGUCGCAACUUGGCCGCCGCCGGCCCUGGUGCCGUGAGGCUCGUCAGCGUUGCUCCCCGCAGCGGCCCAGGCAAGACCUCGUGCGAACGCUCCACCUUCGCCUUCAACGUGACGACGUGGACCCUGACCCUGAGGACGGAGGAGGCAAUGGUGUGGGUCAAGGACGGUGUGCUCGACUGCGAUGAGCUCUGGCAGCUCCCCAACUACGGUCACCUGCCGCGUGUUGCCCCCACAGUACCCCAUCGUGAGCUCCGACAAUCCUGA